AUGACGGCAACAAACAACAACAGUGACUAUAUCGUUUCUGAUGAAAAAGUUAUUGAUUCAUUAGUUGAGGAAUUAGCUGAGGAAUUAGUUGUGGCAACAAACAACAACAGUGACUAUAUCGUUUCUGAUGAAAAAGUUAUUGACUCAUUAGUUGAGGAAUUAGUUAUGACAGAAACUAAAACCCUCAACGAAAGAAUUGGUGAAAACAAGAUUGAUUUACAUAACUACCUCAAACAUGAUGGAGGAAGAGGAAGGAAAACUGGUAUGGCUUUAUUAGUAAAUAAAAUUUCGAAUUUAACGAUUAUAGAUGUUGAUAUCAAUAAAUCAUACGAUGAUGAACUUAAAGAAACAGUGAGAAAAGACAUUCUAUCAAAACUUUCGGAUAAAGAUGUUAUCGUUAAAACCGCUUCAGGAGGUCUUCACAUUUAUUGCAACACUAAUUUCUUCUAUGCAGUUUCGAACAGAAUGAUUAAAUGUUAUUCCUGCAAUGAUUAUGAUAUUGACAUAAUGACUUCUAUUGAUGAUUCAAAACGUUCUUUAGUAGUUAUGGCUGAUUCAAGAGUUCGCAAGAAUGCAACAGAACCAAUCAAUACAUACUCAUUCAUUCGUGGAAGUUAUGAUUCAACAUUAACCAGAACAGUGAAUGAUAUAUUAAAUGAUUUGAAUAUUAAGGUAAGAGUUGAACAGAAGAAUGAAGAAAUAAAGACUAUCGUCAAUGAAAACAAAGAU